GGCGACGAUGUGGGCGGCCAGAGCCAUUCUCUUGUCCCGGUGAGAGGGACCUAGGCAUCGCCGGGAACCUUCUGCUCCGCAUCCCCUGGCUUCCGCGGACGGGUGUCCUAGUUACACCAGCCCCGCCAUGGCAGCGGCGGAAGGCAAGGACCCACUGGGUUUCUUCGCCGCUUAUGGCAGCGACGACAGUUCAAGCGCCGGCUCUGACUCCGAAGACGAGGAGGGUGCGGGCUCGCAGCGGGAGGCCACGCCGCAGCGAGGGAGCCCUGAGGGGAAGCCUCGAUUGCCCAGGCCUGACGAGCUCUUCAGCAGCGUCAACCGGCCCGCCUUUCUCUAUAACCCGUUGCACAAGGAGAUCGACUGGGAGAGCCGAGUGGUGCGGGCGCCCGAGGAGCCUCCCAAGGAAUUCAAGGCAUGGAGCACAAAUGCUGUGCCACCCCCUGAGACUUACAGUGUUAAAGAAACAAAGCCCCCGCCACCGCCUGAGCUUGAUAUGGCAAUAAAAUGGUCUAAUAUGUAUGAGGAUAAUGGCGAUGAUGCUCCAAAGCACGCAAAUAAAAUCAGCUUCUUACCAGACAAAGAACAAGAGGCCUUCCAAGCUGAUGAUGAAAAAGAUGAAUCGGCUUCAGUUAAGAAACGCAAGCUGGACCCUGAAGAGCAGACGAAGAAGAAGAAGCAGCGAUGAAUUGAACAAAGUUUAUAUGACUCUGAAAAAAGUUUUUAUUGAACACGUAGGAGGACAUCUGUUGGACUUUAAGAUUUCUACUGCCACAAGAAAAUAAUAAUGGCAUCACUGUAUGGCACAUAGCAUAUUUAGGGAUUCAGUAAUUCUGUGAAAUUUUUAUCGUCUGAAGUUUAUAUGUUGGCAUUGUUACAGAUUUUGUACUUAUAAACCUGGAAUGUUUCAGCUACAGAGAUUUUAACUAAACAAAACUUCUUAGAAUAUUGUGAUAAGUAUUUGUGUUCAUGCAGACUAUGGAAGUAUUCUGUUCAGCCACAAAAACAGUAAAUGAUGUUUACUGAAUUUCUAUUGUGAUUAAAAGUUUUUUUUUUAAAUGAAGAAAUUACAUUUUUAGGAGGGAGAAAAGUUCAGAGCAUUGUAUUUCAGUGAUAGCGCUACUAGUUUGAAAUGUAUGUAGGGAAUGUAAAUAGAUCACAAAAAUAAAAUUAUUUAAAAUGGUUAUCUGGUAACCUGAUUACCAAUUCAGAUACAUUCACUUAUUAGCAAGCAAGUAUCUGAUUGGGGUUUCAUUGGAGUGUGUUUGCGCUGAGUUUGUAAUCUACUUCUAGUCUUUAAGGUUCUGCUUGACUCCUGUUUUGUUGUGCUACUUGUCUGAGGGUUAAAAGAUUUGAGAUCCAUCAGGCUAAAAUAAAAUAGCUUUAAUGAUA